GAAGAUACAGCCGACAGGCCCUGUCUUGGGAUAUUUUCACUUACGCCCAGGUUCAGCCAGGCCUGCUCUCUUGUCUCCGUCAUAACUUGGACGUCUCCCACGCCCGGGCAAAAUCUUUCUUCUUCUUUCUCCCUACCUUGCGACUUAUCACCAAGGCUUCUAGAUUCAAUCUGCUCGUCGCACUGGGAUUCCGAGUCAUUCACUUGAAGCACGGUAUACAGCCAUGGCUACAACUUCGACCAAGCCCGCUCUCUCGGCGUUGAAGACUCCCCUCUCUGCCACCUAUCCGUCGGAGCUGAGGAGUCCCAUGAUUGCCGCUUCUCCAGCCUUGGUGAAACGAGAACGUGACGACGACCUGAAGACACCCAUCACUCCGCCAACUGCGUACAUGGACUUCCUCAAAGCUCUGUCGCCAGUCCUUAUGAGUCCACUCGCGACAGGAGCAAGCACAAAGUUUACCUUCCCUGAACGGUCUGUAUCAGCAUCCACGAUGUCAUCAUUCGGCUCGAAUGGCCCAACCUCCGCACCAAUGACUGCAAAAGAAACGCCUUCAAGCCCGGUCACCAUCUCAAGCCCCGCCUCCCGCGCCAGCAGCUGUUGCGAUUCCAGCGCUUCGAAACCGGCAGCGAAGCCUGAGGAAAAGGAGAAAACAACUACAGUGUCUCUUCCACCCGCUGCACCAUUGAACCCCCCACUUUCAGCACGAUCGCUUUGCCGCCUUCAGAUUCCGCAGAGUCCGUACUCCCCAGUCGGCCCUAUACGCUCUCCUAUGAGCGCACGAUCAGUACACUCGCCGUACAACGCGGCUAUGUCACCUCGUGAGUUCGACGACAAGAGUAAGUCAAGCGGUACCAGCCGCGCGGUUGUUGUUCGUCAGGUCACUACCCGAACCAUCACUUACUCGCGGACUCCCGUCGAUACUGCGCCGCCUGCGCCGCUUGAUCCUGCGCCGAAAGGCAAGAGACGACGAAUUGAAUAAGAAAAAUUCAUUAAGCCGCGGCUCCGGCGUCUUGGGGACCCAUUCACAAACAACUUACCACCGUACAUACACCCUCUACCUCAUCACAAGCGCCGCAUUCUACAUUUACGUCCUUCGUCA